GUUUCCUCCAAGUUGUAUUAUUACAUAUAUCUAACCGUUUGUAGUAAGCGUAUUUCCUAAUCAGGUUAGACAUUAUGCAGCUUAGCGUACCUGACCACUAGUCCGGAUCAGGAGGUGGGUAUGAACCUCGACUCUCCUAGAGUUUGUUGUGACUAUCAGGAAUCAAGGUUCACUCAACCCACUGUUCUUGGUAUUUGCCUACAGCUUUCAAAGACCUCCGCCAAGCUGGAAGACUUCGACUCAAUUCCAGGCUCCAGGGAGAAAAAAACAACAACUGAAGGCUGCAUCUUCCAAGUUGCCACAUCGGGCUGACCACGAAUAUGUUGUUCGAUUUUCCUUUCCUGACAGUGGAAGAGUUCCACAGCGCCUGUCAGGACCUCGCGUCCCGGCUGCGCGCGUGCGGAUCUUUGAAAGAUUCGAGUUGGUCGGCAGUCAGACUUAUUGACCAGACGAAUGGUUUAAUUUUCAGGAUCACUAAAAGUAUUGGAAAUGUCGAUGCUUCGAAAGACGAGACUGCACCAGAGGAGGAUAGUGGAUUUCUAGAAACGGAGCAGAACCAGGCUGAAGAGGAUCCUGAAGCGCUCAUCCGCUCAGAGCAGCGCAGCACAGACUGGCAGGUCGAGUACGAAAUCGUAUACUCCCCAACAUUCCAGGUCCCAGUCCUGUACUUUGCUCUGAAAGCGGGUGCGUUCCAUCAUAAACCCGUCGAUAUCGAAAUGGUAUAUCAACAUCUGGUGCCGCAGCAAUAUCAUCAAGAAUUGAAAAAUGUUGGUGUCAUGGGGGGUAUCAGUUUCAAUGUAGGUUGCAUGUUCUUCGAAAAUACCGAGUUGGAUGUGCGCUCAUUAUUCCAGUACAAUCCAGUGUCUGGCUCUCCAAUGUUUUUCGUCCACCCGUGUAACACUGCGGAUGCCAUGAGACAUGUCAUAGUGUCCAAAGAUAUCAGCCCCGAAACGUAUCUUCUCAUUUGGCUCAGUGUGAUAGGUAACUUCAUCAAGUUGCAUCUCCCUCAUGAGCUGUUCGUGGAUGAUACACCCGUGAGCCUGAAAUUUCAGGGACCAAGCUUGGGAGAUGCUUCCUAGACAAUAAUGGACUAGUGCAGACUUAUACCGCUCGCACAGCCAACAUGUCCACCUCUCAUCCUGGUCGUACUGGACUAAUCCUCGUCCGAAGAGGCCUCCAUAGGCACAUCGCUAUCUUCAUCCAUUGGUGCCUCUUCCUCAUCGCUUUCUUCUGUACGGGGUCG